CCUGGAGUUUAGGCUGCCAUUUAGUCAGGGUUGUUCGGAUGUAUUGACAUUUUGUAGUAGUGCGGGCAACAAAGAACUUACCCGAACACUUUACGAACAACUAUUGACUCGGUAUCGCUUAUACUUCGACUAACAUUGAACAGGGUUUUGGCGGAAACGUUCCGACUUCCGAGAGCUUGGGACUAAUUUACAUUUCCACGUACGAAGUUUGAGGUGUGCACAUAAAGUUAGCCGUGGAAAAUACCGCACAGUAAAAUGGUUCAGAUAUGUAUAGAUGCAUACUCUGAUCUAGCCUGCCCAUGGUGUUAUGUUGGCAAGGGACACCUAGACAAUGCAAUCACCCAGUUUACAUCAAGUCACCCGACAACCAACAUAAUAGUCAACUGGCACCCGUACAUAAUUGACAAGAACACAGCGGAAAAUGGUGAGAAAUACAUAAAUUACAAUGUCAGGCGCUGGGGAGGGGAUGGCUGGACGCAAUCCUUGAGGAAUUCUGGAAGGCAAAUUGGUCUGGAGUUCAAGAACUGGCAGAUUUGGCCAAACACGCUACACGCACAUAGAGUCGUCCACCUGGCCGGGGUGCAAAAAGGGCCAGCUGGGCAGAACAUGGCCAAAAAUGUGCUUUUUAGGAUGAUCUAUGAAGAGGGUGAAAAUAUAAGUGACAUUGAUACCUUGAUCAAGGCAGCUGGUGAGAUAGGCCUGGAUAGGGCAGAUUCUUACUUGAGAUCUGAUGAAGAUGUCGAUAUAAUUCUGUUUGAGGAUAGUCAAGCUAAGUCUAAGCUUAGAAUUUCUGGGGUUCCAUUAUUUAAAAUCAGGGGUGGGACAGAAGUUGAUCAUCGCCCAAUUGUUCUAUCAGGUGCUCAGCAGUCUGGACAGUUUUUUAAAGCCUUCCAAACACUGAUGGGAGAUUAGAUUUCCUAACUUGGAGCUGUUUAUUUGAACAGGACAGAAUAAGAUAGCGCUCUCAUUGGUUGAUUAGCACGCUGUCCAUAUUUGUACAGCCCAACAGUCAACCCACCACUUUGCAAUAAGAAAACAGCUCAAAAUGCUAAAAUUAUCCAUCCUUGUAGGCCUAUGAGUUUUGCUGUAUGGAUAAAUUAUGGUCACUUGGUCAAUAAGCUCUGUAGUAACAAUAGAAAAAACUAUAAAAUGUUGCAUGCUUUCCAUUCAAUUUACUUUAUAAUGGACCAGCUUUUUUUGCGGUUGAGAAAGGUGUUCAAAGAUUUCUAAAAACAGAUGAGCUCAAACAAGCAAUUAUCUUACUAUGAUCUAAUUAAUUAUAUAAACUUAGUUGGG